GGGUCGAGAGUCUACCUCUUGUCACGAACCUUGGCGGCCCAAACAAGGCAGGACGAUCAGUAGCACAGCUAAAUACCGUGCCCAACGGCAGAAGACCAGGCAGGAAACCAUGGCGGAAGUAGCCUUCGCCAAGUUCUUCCUCGCGGGCCUCGACGCCCGCCCGAUGAAGCUGUCGCCAGACCACGUCGAGGACCCCAAGACCUACGCCGCGCGCAGUCCCUACAUCCUGCCUAGAAUGCCUAGGCCCAUGCGCAAGCGCACCAACGUCGCCACCGCCGCCCCUCGACCUCACGGCGCCGUCCCCGGGCACGAGCGCCGGCUCGCCGUCGUCGUCAAGUCCCUGCGCAAUCCGCCGCUCGAGGUGCGCCUGCCGCCCCAGGACCCGGCCACCUCGGUUCUCGACAUCCGCGCCGCCGUCGCGCGGCAGACCGGCGUCCCCGCCGACAAGCUGCGCCUGCUCCACGCCAAGAAGCCCGUCGCCGACAGCAAGGCCCUACGGGACUUGGUCGCGCCUGACGCCGCGGCCGAUGCCGCCGUCGAGUUCUCGGUCAUGGUGCUAGGUGGUGCCUCGACGCUGGCCUCGGCGCACCUGGCGGAAAAGGCCCAGGCGAGCGGCGCCCAGACUAAGGGCGCCGACGUGCUCCGGACCAAGGAAUUUUGGGACGAUUUGAGGGGGUUCCUAACGCAGCGGAUACGUGACGAGAAGACGGCUACAGAGCUUACAAAUGUGUUUCAGGCGGCUUGGAAGGCAAGGACGUGAGAGGGUCAACUAAAUACAUGUGCUGGACAUCUCCGACAUAGACGAGCUGGCCACAAUAAUGCUAGUCGGGCAGACAGGCAGUCAAGCAGUUAGAU